AUUGUAGCCUAAUCUAGUAAACCGUGAAAACUCGUUUCUAAACAGUCAUCCGUCAUAUUCGCGCCAAAUCAAACCAACAGCCGGUUCUCCCCAAAUCAAAAGCACGUGCUACUUCCGGCGCAUGCGUUCCACUUUGGCACCGAACCCUGUAUCAGCUGAUGCUGACACAUCCUAAAUUAUUUGCACUCCUUUCCGAUUUCCCCCCGUCUCCACUGCCCUAUCCUUGCAGGAGAGAAAAAAAAUUCGGCCCUCGGCCUAUACGUUUAGCGCAAGAGAAAGGAUUCACGCCCAGUCUGCAGCGUCGAUAGGCAUUGAGGGCAAAAAUAGAAACCUGUGAUGAGCCUUCACACUAAAUAAUCGGCGAAGCAGUUUUCCGAUACUUUCGACACGUUGGUUGGUUAAUCAUUUGCGGCCCGGUUAUGAAAUUGUACAGUUAUCUUUUGAAGCGUGAAAUUUAUCAGAUUUUGUACGUGCAGGAUGUCUUUUCGCGAUAUGAAGACUUUCUGGCCCUCGUCACCAAGGCCUUCGACCCGAAGAUCCUGUUCCUGACGGUGAUUCCAUUGGUGGCAGGACUCAGCACUCGCGUGUAUUCCAGACUGCUGUUGAGCGUUCUGCUGACCGAGUACGCUAAUACUUUGAUAAAAUGGAUCCUCGCAGAAGACCGCCCGUUUUGGUGGGUUCGGGAAACCAAGGAAUUCACCACACUCAACCGUCCAAAGCUGUACCAGAACGAGCUGACCUGCGAGCCGAGUCCGGGAAAUCCGUCCGGUCACUUGAUGACUUCCACAACCUACUUGUAUGUGAUAUUUUCCGUGCUCGAAGAAGCGGGGAUGCAGUACGGAAGGACGGCCGUGAUCGUUCUACGCGCUUGCUACUAUCUUUCGUUGCUGUUGAUUUCCGUUUCGAGGAUGUAUUUUGGGUGUCACUUUUUACACCAGUGCAUCAUUGGGAUCUUACUGGGCAUCGGGAUGACCAAGCUGACUAUGUCACUAAGCUUCGAGAAGUAUUUGACAAAACUGACACGGAAGCGAAGACUGGGAUAUUGUAGCCUCAUUUGCCUGAUAUUGUUUGUGGUCUAUUGGGGUCAGAAGCUUUUCGGAGUGGACCCGCAAUGGUCGGUGAAAAUGGCCUUCAAGUGGUGUGAUGAUCCGUUUUACUUGGAUCCGAGCACUACCUUGGUAUUCAGUAUUAUACGUCUCACCGGAUCGUUGGUUGCCUUUGCCGUCGUUGGACCCGUUUUGAGAUCUGCGCCGCUCGACUGGAGAAGGAGUGUCCCGCUGACGCUGAUAAUGAUGACUAUCAAAUGGAUAGCCAUUAGCUACACGCCACGUUACUACGGGGUUAUAAUUUACUAUCUCUACACGUUUUUAAUCCAUCUGCUUUUUACCUACGGCUAUAUGCGCCUCGUGCCGGCCACAGCCAGCGUCCUAGUUGACUCCAGAGUACAACGCAACAGUAGGCCUAAAAUCAAUUAAAUUACUACUCGCUGCUGCAGUAGGCUGUCAUUUGAAGCAUAGUUUAUUGUUAGAACGACUACUUUGAUAAUGCUUAUUUCAUCCACAUAUCAAGCGCAUAAUUUGCCAUCUGCUGAUACUGUUACUGGAACAUAAGUAAAUUUCCUACGAUGAUUCUAAACUAAACUAAAUAAACAUCUUUUCCUAUGAAUGCUUUAUAGAGUA